AUGUCCGCCAUCAUUAUCAUUAUCAGCACCAAUAAAAACAACAACAACAACUCUCAACGCACCGACGGCUGCAGCAACAGCAUCAGCAGCUACUUCAUCUUCAGCCCCAAUCGCAACAACAACAACAACAAUCCCCACCUUCAAUGCCCUGGCCAUGCCAACUAUAAUCAAAAUAUCAAUAAUAUCAACAAUAAUAAAAAUGAAGGACGCUCCUCUAGUGACCUUUUUAUUGAUAUUGAGGGUAUCGAUAGCGGUCCAUCUGCAUCAACAGCAGCUAACCUGCUGAUGAUCGCUACAUCGCGACAGGUAAUCCACUCAUCUACCCCACCUGAUUCAGCCAUUGCUCCUCCACCUUUAUCUCCAGCAGUCGCAACAGCAGCGGCAUCAUCAAUAACAACAACAACAUCAGAACCCCUACCUCUCCCAUCACAUGCAGCCGCAUUGGCUAAGAAUAAUGAUGUUCCACUAGCACAGAUCACAAUUACUAGCAGUGGAACUAGCAGCAGCACCGCCAGCAUCAACAACGGUGAUUACAACAAUACUAAUUUGCCCACUCCUGACGAAAACUCAGCAAAUAAUCAUGCCACUGCGAGCGGUCUACUCCAUAAGCAACUACACACCACCAAUAAAAACAACAACAACAACUCUCAACGCACCGACGGCUGCAGCAACAGCAUCAGCAGCUACUUCAUCUUCAGCCCCAAUCGCAACAACAACAACAACAAUCCCCACCUUCAAUGCCGUCAAUAA